GCCAAUUUAAAUGAACGAAUUACUGAGUUACCUGAUUGGGGAGUAAAAUAUUCAAAAUUACGAACAAAAGAAGGCUAUAUGCAUGGUUCUUCUAUGACAAUGGUAGCAGCUAAUACUCGGAAUAAUGCAUGUGUAAUGUACGAGUUAGAAGUCAAUACUGCUAAGUCAAAGGAUCCUGAGAGAUAUGAGCUACAGCAAUUUUUUGGACAAAAUGUAAAAAAUGCACGUAAAGGGCCAUAUGGAAUAUAUUGUUUUGAGGAAUUUGGUGACUACGAAUUUGUUGAUGUGUCAAUGAUACGAAGAUGUACAACAAAUAGACGCAGAAGAACGGAAGUCCUAGAAAGACAUCUUGGUUUACAAUUUGAUUAUUAUAAAGCUGUUAAUAAAUAUGACAAUAUAGCGAUUAGCAGAGUUAAGGGUGGAUUAGAUUUAGGUGUAAAAUCUUGUUAUUUAAGCCAUUAUUUAAUAUAUCAAUUAAUUAUUGAUAAUGAAUAUGAAAAUGCUUUGAUUUUAGAGGAUGAUAUAGACAUGGAACUUAACAUCACUAAUAUUUUAACUGACAUUUAUCCUCAUUUACCUAAUGAUUGGGAUGUAUUAUAUGUUGGGCAUUGUGGCGAAUCUAAAAUCGAAAUGACUGUUGCCAAUGUAUUUGGUUUUGAAUUGCGAAAAACGGGAAAUCCACUAUGUACGCAUGGUUAUGCUGUUUCUUCUUCGGGUGCUCGAAAACUGGUAAAAAAACUUAACAUAGAUAAUCCAACUGUUGGUAUUGAUUUUGAGUUGCUCAAACUUAUACAUUCAGGUAACAUCACUAGUUAUUCAAUUAAUCCACCAAUUAUCAUACAGUUUAAAACUUCUGAAGAUUUAUCAGAUAUUACUCCUGGCAAAUUUGCUAUGAGAUUACCUUUAUUUAACUCCACCUUAUUACAUCUUGGUUAUAAACGAGAUUAUUAG